UCCUCCUCUUCCUUUGUAUGCUUCAUGGUUGAGGACUCUAUUUGUUUCAUUCAGGCAUUCACUCGUCGUUUUAUUUUCGGGCGGGCUCUCUUUCUGAACCCCCCUUUCGAUUGAUUCGAUGUACGCUCCCUAUCCCUUCCUCCACUCCCCUUACUUUUUCAUUUGACCUUUUUAUAUGUAGUGUUUUCAGUAAAACCUUCGAAGAUAAUUGAGCGUAUUGCUGUACAUGAGCUAGUAUAGUAUACAGGUACAUGUGAGUAGGAACCGCACGCCACAUUAGACAACGGCCGAGAUACAUGCGCAGAAGUGAUUUGUGGGAGUUUCUCACCAGCAUAACGUAUUGUGGGGGCUGUUUUCGUAACGAGGAGGUAACUGUAUGUGUGUAAGUUAGGACGGACCCCUCAGGACAGGGCAAAACACACCGAACGUCUGGAUAGGCAGAGGUUGAGCGAGAUUUGCUUCGGUUUCCACACGUCGUGAUAUACGGAGCGUAACUAAUCAAGAGAUCUGCCCAAUAAUUAUAUAACAAAGCGUCCAAGUUAAAAGAUGUCUGGGAAAUUCCAAGAGGUUUUAGAAAAAGUUGGCGGCAUUGGGCGGCGACAACUAGCUAUCUUCGCUGCAAUUAAUCUCACUGAUUUCGUGACGGCGUGGACUAUAAUGCUGCCUGUAUUCACUGGAAUGAUUCCUCACUGGACAUGUCCUGUAACAGGACAUAAUCUUAACCUCACAAACUCAACUAAUAGAAUAAACGGCACGUCAACUGUUGGAAUCUACAACAUAACAAUGGCCGAUGGAAAUUCUUCCCUGGUUCAGCGAGACGUUUGCCAAAAGAAUGCCACGUUUGGGAUAUGCGAUGGCAUACAGUAUGUCUCAGAUUUCACGUCUGUGGUAACAGAGUGGAACUUGAUCUGUGACUUAGAUGAAAUAAGCGACCUCAUCACAACGAUCCAAAUGAUUGGCAUUGUUUUUGGGGCUUUUUUGAUCAGCCAUCUUGCCGAUAUGUUUGGUCGAAAGAAGGUCUGGAUUUCGGUGGUGACCCUCAACUCAAUGGUAGGGUUCGCAAAUGCGUUCUCUCCAUACUGGGAAAUGUUUGCUGCCAUGCGCUUCUUUAACGGAAUGGCUAGCGGGGGUUUGCUUAUAUUGAGCUUUAUCUGGCCGCUGGAAUUCAUUGGGACGAAAUACCGCAGUAUAUGCGGCGCGGUGAGCUUCUGGCAAAUAGGGACCAUGUGUCUUGCGCUACUGGCAUAUUUUGUUCGAGACUGGAGGACACUAGUAAUGGUGACAUCAUUAUUCCCAGGGGUACUGUUCUGGAUAUUGUACAGAUUUUUGCCUGAGAGCCCAAGGUGGCUUGCGAUGAAUAACCGUCUAGAGGAAGCUAUGGCUAUUUUGGAGGCUAUAGCUAAGACUAACAAGAAGCCGCUUCCAGAUAAGGACGUUCUGCAGAAGGCAGUAGAGGAAGAUAAGAAUAUCGAAGAAAAACUAAAAAAAUACAAUUUUAGUGAUCUGUUCAGGACUCCUACGUCGACCCUUCACACUUUAGUGCUUAUGUUUGUAUGGUUUGUCUGCACGUCUUCGUACUAUGGUCUAUCGUUAAAUGUGAAGCACAUGCCUGGGGACAUCUACGUCACCACUGUUCUUCUGGGACUGGUUGAGUGGCCUGCGGUUCUCUCGACUACCUGUCUUAAUAACGUCAUUGGUCGUCGACCCACGAUGUUUGGUUAUAACCUGAUUGGAAGCCUUGCUAUGCUGUCUGUCAUAAUCGUGCAUCUUUCAGGGCAAAUGGAAAGCCAAGAGAUCUUAAUUACAGUUCUUGCGCUGGUUGGUAAAAUGGGAAUUUCUUCAGCAUGGGCUGUUGCUUAUCUUUACACGGCAGAACUAUUUCCUACGGUUGUAAGGAGCAUUGGUUGUGGUGCAGCUUCGAUAGCCGGAAGAAUAGGUGGCGUUGUAGCGCCCCAGUUUGUAUAUUUGGCAAAGGUGACCCCAGUGCUUCCUUUCAUCUUAUUCAGCAGUUUAGGAUUAGCGGCGGCUUUCACCGGGCUUCUUUUGCCAGAAACGCGCUCAAAGGGAUUGUCGGACGCGCUGCCUGAAUGGUCAUGGUGCGGUCGUAAUCGGACUACUGGCGACGAUGACCGCGAUGACAUAACACGGCACCAAGGCUGAAUUGCCGGGAUUAUGUUGAAUGAAGGAAAGAUUGCAGAGCUUGGAAAAGCUUACAAGCCUUAAUCAUUAUCCAAAACAUUGGUCAUUAUUUUCGUUUUUGAAACAAAACUAUAACGGAUGCUGAAUAAACUAGUUGUUCUGAUAUCAAACUGGUGUUCUUAAAAAGGGAUAAUGAUUUGCAUCUGACGUCAAAACGCACAAGAAAUAAAGGAAAAAUUAAAACUUUUUGAGUGAAAAUUAAUUUGUCCGAUUCUGCACUGAACCAACCGGAAAUCAUAAAAGUAUGCGCGUUGCACGUUGGGUUCAAGUUGUUUUAAAAGGCAAAAUCGCCUCUGCCGUCCAGAUAAAACAGUACUCUGUUAACCAAAUGGUCAAAACUGGCAGUGAGACAAAACGAUUUACCCAGUAAACUAUAGUAGUGUAGUUAGAAACCGUGGUUGGUUACUGAUUUCUGAGGUGAUUGGUAAUAAACGACGAAAUACAGAAGCCAGCGUUUAUGAUACUUAAUUUUUUAUUUCUCACAUACGUGACAAGUCUGUCACCUAAGCAAGAACAGUCUUUGACGAUCUACCCGUAUCUAUAUGCUGACACGGGCUAAAUGCUAUUUUUACUCUACGUAAAACUUGAAUAUAUAUAUUUGUGUCCGAUUUGAAAACAAGAGUAAUAAAACUUAAUACUGGGACUACAUUACUUCUUAUAACAUUAAAAUAUUUUACGGGUGGAAAAUUUACAUAACGCUCGG